AUUUACAAUUGGUGGGGUCAAGGGGCCGAUGUGGCUCCCUCCUGUGAAUUCAUUUGUGGGUAUAUUAUUUUAUUUUUGGAGUCUGUUGGGAUAAAUAGGACUAUUUUCAUAGCCUUCUUGAUAGACAAUUUUAUUUAUAUUUCAUCUGUAUACAAUGAGAGGGAUUGGGGAUGGGGGGCUGGAGAGGGGAGACUGGACUCACUGCCAAGGGCCAACUGGUGACACUCUAUAGUGAAAGAGAGAACUCACUGGGGGGGGGGUCUUGUUGUGAGGGCCCUGAAGCCGAGCCUCUGAGGGGUGUGUAGUUUGAAUAUUCUUUUUGAUUGAAAGUCUUUAUGCGCCUCUAGUCAUCGAAUACAACAAUAGUUAAUACUGAUCAGAGGCAUCUCCCUUCAGCGCAAAUAGCUAAACACAUAUAGCAAUCAUGGCUGACGCGUGCGAGUGUAUCUGUGACCCGAUCUUUCGUUUACUCCGAGCUAUCCAGGCUCAAUCGACGUACUGUGCGGAUGCGGAUUGCAUUCAGGAAGGUCCUGAAGCUGGGGACAGUACCCGUGCAUACAUGAACACCGCCUUGGCUAUCGCGGGUUGGGUUGCGGCGGCAGGAGUCAUGUACUACGCGCGCCCUGCAUCUCUCCGAGCGAAUAUGAACGCCGAUGCUACGUUAGAGAAGGCAAAUGCGAGUAAUCCUACCAACAACCAUAACGAUAGAGAUCAACCCCCUCCUCCGCCGUCGCUGUGAAUUGUCGGUCCGCUUUGGGGGAUGUUAGUAUAUUUUUUCCGACAAGUACGGUGUCAUAUCAGUGUGCAUAGCUGUUUAUAACUAUAGGUGGAGUGUUUAUGAUACGAGAGCAGAACACAGCCACAAGAACUACACACGCCUAAGUUCAGAUUCGAAACGCCGACCAUGCACGGGACGCUAUGAAAGUUAAUCAACAUACCUCCGUCUAAAUGACCUACGAUAAGGUGUAACGCCGAAUCAUAAAUGUACAUAGAACUAUUUUGGGUCGAGUAAGAAUUUCGCUCCACUUCUACACGCUCAUAAGCUUGUACACUAUUGUAUAUAGUUUAUAUGCUUGUGUGGCAUUUGAAUGUAUACAUACUUGCGUGGCGUAUUCUUGAGCUGUAUGCCCAGGGCAAGACGAGCACUUACAAUCCAAGCUGAUGGUAUGGCAACUUGUCCGACUGAUGUAAUAACCAUCACACGUAAUGGAAGGUCCUUGCAACGGUGUGUAUUUUUGGUUUGAUGACGUUGCCGGUGCCCUAUACUAGCGAACGGUCGUGACACACAACUGGAAUGUGCAGUGGAUGCGCUGUCCGCGUUAUACGCGUGCACAUGGUUAUACGAUACGGUUCCAUUGAGAGAAUGCGUGCUAGACUGGGGUUUGUUAGUCGGCUUUGAAAUUGGUCUUCAAACUCGAUGCAGCUCGAUGGUUUGCGCUUGGCCGUUGUUGUGGUCAACGCAGGACCAAAUUAUCAAGUAACGCACGUCUGAGUACAGCACUGGAGAUCAAAUGCUCAUAGCCGCUGGAGUAUUUACGGAUCCGGAAGUCAGGGAAAUCGCUGCGUGACGAGAAGUGCUCGAAGAGCAUGGAGGUCGUUUCAACAAAGGAGUUCAGGAGACUAAUAACUUUAUAUAUACAUACAUAUAUAUAAAUAUAUUGAUGUAAUCUCUUUGCAAAUAUAAAGCCAUCAUUCAGUCCAAACUCUGCGGAUACCAGAACGAUCGUAAACACAUGAACCUAAGAUUGUGCACAAUCGUAGGUCUAAGUGUUCACGAUUAUUCUAGUGCUUUGUUGAAAUUUAUCUUUUAUAUGCUGAUUGAGAUCCGUACCAUUUGUAGUGGUUCUAGUGUUAUGUGGAUGGAAUAUUCGAUGUGCACACUCCUUGCGAAAAUGUGUGCAGACGCAGAUCAGACGUGUCUGUUGGGCACAUUCCCAUACCUGACAGACCACAUGGUAUAGGUAGGUGAGAGACACGAGAGCUCAGUAUACUACGCCAAUCGUCUCCUAUACUGCAGGUACAUAGUAGGGAAUCCAAGCACAGUUUAUCAUUCCAUAUGGCGCCUAUAAGCUCUGGGGCGAGUGUGAUAAAGCGAGCACCAGUCGACUUUAAACCGAGCGUACAUCGGUUUAGCUGUGCAACUAGGUUGAUAUCUGGGUUAAUAAAUAGUGUGCGCCUUUUACUCAGCUUGAGUAACGAAAGGAUCAUGCCUGAAUGAGCAGACACAGGCUAUCUCCCAAGGUAUAGGCCAAUUCCAGCCCGUGGAAUGUGUGCGGUUGAAUGUUUUCUCGUCUGUGCUCGUGCUAUACCCAUACAAGACUUCUAAAUAGCUGCUGACCUCAGUCGGAUCACGCUGAGAGUACACGAGGAUGUGAACAUUGAUUGAGUGGGUGUGCACAAUCGAAGAUGUAGAUGCGAACAUUGAGUGGUUGUGCCUAUAGGCAGAUGACUUCUGUGAAGGUAGAGUAGCUGUGCACAAUAAAGGUUGAGGAUAUGAAUACUGAG